GUUGCCAUGUGGCUAGCUAUCUUGCUCCUUCUCUGUCAUGGCUCUUAUCUUAAAAAUGGUUGAACCUGAAACCAUGAACAUGGUGUUGGCUUUGUAAUUAAAAGCCAUGAAGAUAAUGUUCUCUCUCAAACAGCAAGUUCAUUACAAGGCAAUGUUGUUGGCUUUACUUUUAGUUUCGUUUACUCUCUCAUCUCGACCAGUUAUGUCUUUGGUUCCAAAUCAAUGCAAUGACCAAUGUGGCACCAUUCAAAUCCCAUUCCCAUUUCACUUAAACAUUUCAUGUCCUUCCAUUUCCACUGCUUUCCAUCUUUCUUGUUUAAAUUCCACCACCCUUUACCUUCAUAUUGGGUUCAAAACCUAUCGAGUCCUCGAUUUCUUCUCCGAUGGUGUACUUGUAGACUUCCCCGGAACCACCGGUUGCCGUCAAUACAACGACUUGAACGCUUUCGGGUUUACCAAAAACGACCACUUUGGUAUCUCCGGUGACAACGUUUUAGGGCUAUACGAUUGUGAAGACUCUUCUUUAUGUAAAGCAGCUUGUGAAACAAAUGACUUGCCCGGUUGUGAUGGCAACAAUGGUGGUUCUCUUGGAUGCUGUUAUCCACUUUCUGAUCAUAGUAUUUGGCAUUUUGGUGAUGGGUUUUCGUUUUUUUCCAAGUUUGGAUGCAGAGGAUUCACAUCAUGGGUGGUUUCUCGAGGGACCAAUACUGGAAAACGUGGGGUUAAGUUGGAAUGGGCAAUCCCUAGGAACAUAUCUGAUAGAAUUUGUGCUAAUAAUGCAGAUAUGGUGAAUGCCACUACAAUUGAAGCUGGGGUUAGGUGCUUGUGCAAGGAUGGGUUUGUGGGCGAUGGAUUUGCAAAGGGUGCUAGCUGCAUCAAGUCCUGCAUCAAGGAGGGACAAGAAGCAUAUGGGAAAGAAUGUGACGGGCCUAAACAUAGCCAUAAGAAACUUGUAAUUUUGGCUGGUGUUCUUGCUCCAAUUUUCAUCCUUGUCUCCUUAUUCUUAUUCCUCUGCAUACUGAAACGACCUGUUAAACCAGGUUCUUUUCAACUCGACCAAGCUCGAUAUAACAGUACCUUAUUGUUUCGGAAAGGUUGUAGGACUAGACUGUUUAGUUACAGAGAGCUAGACGAAGCAACUAGAGCAUUCGAAGACAGUCAGAUGCUAGUAAAUGACAAAAAUGGCACAAUUCAUGCAGGUAUCCUUAGUGAUGGCUCACAUAUAGCCGUGCAGAAAGUGCAAUGCGAGACUGAACGAGACUUAAUUGAUGUUCUAUCGAGAAUUGAGCUUAUAUCAUCUGUUGUACAUAGGAAUUUAGCUCGACUGGUCGGAUGUUGCAUCGAAUCUGGUUCCACUUUAUUGGUGGUAUAUGAAUAUCCUGCAAAUGGUACCUUGGAGAAACAUUUGCAAUAUAGCAGGGGACAAAAAAUUGUUCUGGAUUGGUACAAGAGAUUGAGAAUAGCUACUGAAAUUGCAAGUGUCUUAGCAUACAUGCAAUAUGAGAUUGCUCCACCAAUCUUUCACCAUGGACUUAAAUCAUCCGACUAUGUUUUUCUCGAUGUGGAUUUCUCGGUUAAGGUUUCCGGUUUUGCAUUGCUUAGCUCGGGGUGCAGAGAUGGUCACAACAACUAUGAAAACGAUGUUUACAACUUCGGUUUGUUACUAUUAGAGAUAAUUUCAGGCACCAAAUAUACAGACAUGCCAACAGUAGCCUUAGAAAAGAUCAAGAGUGGGAAACUAGAAGCAAUAGUGGAUCCGUCUCUUUACUACCACGAACAACUGAUAACUCGUCGAGAGCAAAUUGAAAUAGUUGCAGACAUAGCAACAAGGUGCUUAUUGUUUGGUGCAGAUGACAAGAUUGGAAUGAUUGAUGUUGCAAAGGGGUUGGUACAUAUUGCAAAAGAGGGAAAUAAGAAGGGACCUGAAUUUGAAGAAACAUUUUCAAACUCAAGCUUGCUUCAAAUGAUAUCCAUGUCACCUGAUUCUAUACAUGUCCCUUGAAAAUCGCAUCUUUUUUCAUAAAAAUCAUCCAUGAAUUUCAAUUUACUCCAUUAUCAGCUACGAAGUAUAUGCUGAGCUUACCUUCAUUCACAUAUCUAAUUGCAUGUAUAGGAUUCACAACUUGUAUUUGAUGAAAACUACUCGCUGCUGGUAGUAUUACAACAUAAUGCCUUUCAUAAUAUAGUUAGUGUAUGAAUAUUGCAAAA